AUGUUCCAGCUUCGCACCAGGCACCCCCCGCUCCCCUCGGCCGCUGCAGAUGGCCCCACGGGGAUGUCUGCGGGCCGGGCUGAGCCCUACUGGGGACCCAGGCAGCCCGCAGGCUGCUCUGAGCAACCAGUGCUGGGCCAGGUCCGGAAUGCCCAGUACCCAGCCUCUCGGGCCUGGUGUGGCUCUGGGCAAACUGCGUCCCCGUCCCACUCGGCCUGGUCUGGGGAUGAGAUGGCGCAGUCGGAGCAGGUGCAGUGCUUCCGUGGCGGCCUGGCUGCCCGUGACGACGUGGUUGGCCGGCACCCACUCACGUCCACAGGCGCCCGCGGCCCCGACACUGGCCCUCCAGCCCCCAGGCCCUCAAGUGGCUGGCUGGACCUCUGGCCACCUCAGAGGCUCUCCCAGGUCCCUCACCCCGAAAUCACCCCUUCUGGCCGAGCCCGCCUGUGCCCAAGACCAGCCACAGUCGUCGGGGCCCCGCUAACUACCUGGGAUUGA